AUGAUGGGAGGACGGAAGGGUGGCUAUCUGCGUGAGUGGCAAGGGCUAAAAAACUUAGUCAAGACCCUGUCUCAAAAAGUAAAAAGGGCCCAGUGUCCUCUCCUGGGCCCUGUAGGACUCUUGGCCGUGGCUGACCGGGCCUCAACCUGUUUGCCUCUCCCAUCCUCAGGGUGUCAUGACCGGGCCGUCCUGCUCUAUGAGUAUGUGGGCAAACGGAUCGUGGACCUGCAACACACCGAGGUACCGGAUGCCUACCGCGGGCGUGGCAUUGCCAAACACCUCGCCAAGGCUGCCCUGGACUUUGUGGUGGAGGAGGACCUGAAGGCCCAUCUCACGUGCUGGUACAUCCAGAAGUACGUCAAGGAGAACCCCCUGCCGCAGUACCUGGAGCGGCUGCAGCCAUAGCCCCGGCCGCGGGCAGGAGCGCCCCCUGCCGGCCCCUCCGCGCGGACUUGGCCCCGCCCCGUGUGCUCUCAGGAACCUGCUCCCGCUGGGGACAGGCUCAGAGUUAUUUUUGUAAGGACGCCCAUCUGGGGCCCUGGGUCCAGGCUUCUGAAGAUGGCUGGCCGAGGAGGAGGGGCCGUGAUCCCGUGAUCAGGGCAAAAGAGGGUCCCCACCGCCUUCAGUGGGCAGCGCGACAGGACCCGGGGCCAGCCAGGGGGUCCUUGCUCUGUGAUUCAGCAGGAGGCUGGCGUGGGACCCCCUCCCACACCUGGUGCUGUGUCCUUUCUACGAACGAGGAGGGCAUUUCCCAGAGCCGAGAGGAGCCAGAAAGAACCUCGAGUGCCAACCUCGCAGGGCGGUGGCACCAGGCCUCGUCUGCCACCAGCACUCCCCGCCCCUCCCCCCACGUCUCUUCUGCAGAACUUUGGUGCCCUGGUGCAGGGGGGUGGGGGACAGAGCGAGGGGCACCCCCCCAACCCUGGUGUGAGCGUGAAGGGUGUGGACGGAGCGCUGGCCCAGGGGCGGCUCUGCGCAUGUGCACAGCCUCGCACUGAGCUCGGGUGGGUGUGGGCAGGCUCGGGGAGGAGCCGUGGGUGCUCACCUGGCUCUCCUCGGUGCCUGGUCUUCUGCUGGCCUCUUCCCUGUCCAGGCGCUCUCAGAAAGCUCGCCUGGGAGCUGGAGCUGGAGGAGGGCAUCUGACCCCCAGCGCCACCCCCACGUCCUCGUCACCAAGAGAAAGGAGCACCUCCGCCGGGAGGUUUCUUUCACUGAUGCCAACACCAGAGCGUUCGUUCUCUUUGGGGGGCGGCCGCUGUGGCCAGGUCCAUUCUGCUGGCCAUUUUGAGUCCCAGGGCCCCUACCCACACCGGCCUUCCUGGUGACAGCCCGGGAGGCGCGCCAAGCGUGACUUGGGUCUAUGGUACCCCCCCCC